GAAGGGGAGUUGAACUGCAAACCUUCCUCACCAGCAGACAGCCGCCCACACAAGGAAGUGGUUAUAUGUUUCUAACAGGGAAGGGGAAGUAGUGCAUAUUUGGAGAGAAAAACGACUAAGGAAAUACUUUAGUUCAUUCAGAGCAAAGCCAGCGUUUGUGUUGACUGCUCAGAGUCCACGAACUCGGGCUUCUGUUGCAGACUUUGUCAAUCCCCCCCACAUCUCAGUUUUUUUACGGUUUCCUGGGAAAAAGCAGCCAUGUCUUAUCACAGUUUUCUCCUUGAACCUAUCAGCUGCCAUGCCUGGAACAAGGACCGAACUCAAAUUGCACUGUGUCCUAAUAACCAUGAAGUCCAUAUCUACAAGAAGGAUGGAAACAACUGGAGCAAAAUCCAUGUGCUGAAGGAGCACAAUGGCCAGGUUACUGGCAUUGACUGGGCCCCAGAGAGCAAUCGUAUUGUGACCUGCGGCACUGACCGUAAUGCAUAUGUCUGGACCCUAAAGGGAGAUGCAUGGAAGCCCACCCUGGUCAUUCUCAGGAUCAACCGUGCCGCCCGCUGUGUGAAAUGGUCUCCUAAAGAAAACAAGUUUGCAGUGGGCAGUGGCUCACGUCUGAUCUCAGUCUGCUAUUUUGAGCAGGAUAAUGACUGGUGGGUGUGCAAGCACAUUAAAAAGCCCAUCCGCUCCACCAUCCUUUGUUUGGACUGGCACCCCAAUAACAUCCUUUUGGCAGCUGGAUCAUGUGACUUUAAAUGCAGGAUCUUUUCUGCUUACAUAAAGGAAGUAGAAGAGAAGCCUGCUCCAACAGCUUGGGGCUCUAAAAUGCCCUUUGGGGAGGUCAUGUUCGAAUCUACUGGAACCUCAGGUUGGGUACACAGUGUUUGUUUCUCGGACAGCGGGAAUCGUGUAGCCUGGGCCAGCCAUGACAGCACCGUGGCAGUGGCUGAGGGAGGAAAGACUGCUGUCUGCGCUAGUCUGACUUCAGAAACCUUGCCUCUUCUGUGUGUGACUUUCAUUACUGAGAACAGCCUAGUGGCAGCUGGCCAUGACUGCUACCCUGUGUUGUUUGUCUAUGAUUCGAACAAAGCAGCCAUGUCUUUUGGAGGGAAACUCGACGUGCCCAAACAGAGUGCUCAGAAGGGCAUGACAGCCAGAGAACGCUUCCAGAACCUGGAUAAGAAAGCCACCGCUGACAGCAAAGAAGCUGUCCUGGAGUCUGUGCACAAGAACAGCAUUAGCCAAAUCUCAAUUCUUAAUGGAGGAAAAGCACAGUGUGCCAAAUUCUGCACCACUGGUAUGGAUGGAGGCAUGGCUAUUUGGGAUGUAAAGACCCUUGAAUCUGCAAUGAAGGACCUCAAGAUUGUCUAGAAAUAGCAGACAUCAGAACAAAAUGUCUUCCGUUCAUAUUGCUUGCCUUUUAAUUUUUUUUAAUGCAGUUGUCUAUACUUUUUUCCAAGAUUAUGUUUCGAUUAACAGUUUUAGUGGUUUAAGGAUUUUAUACUGAUGAAAUUUAGCAAACUGGUUCUGGAUGAACCAAAAACUGAAUUUUGUCUGAAUGUAUAUGCUGGUCAUAGAUUGCUUUUCUUGAAUUAGUGCAGGUACCUUGCAUUGGAGUUUUAAUAAACUGUAACUGAAACUAAUAAAGUAAACAUGAUUACUUGCUGAGGUAUAACAUGCUGAAUGCUUCCUGUGUUAACUCAAUUUCAAUGCAAUUCUAUGUAAUAUUUAUGAGAUGUAUAAUGAA